AUGAUGGAUGCCUCCAUUCAAGAGUACAUGCGUGCCGAGUCGAUCACGGUGGCUUCAGUGGGCCUCGUCUAUGACCAAGAGCUCGUCUGGGAGAAGGGCUAUGGUCUCACUGACCCCUCCAGCCCGUCGUCGCACGUGAACUCAGACACAAUCCUGCGCAUUGGUUCCAUCACCAAACUGAUUACGACCAUCAUGCUCUUCCAACUCCGGGAUCGGGGCAUGCUCUCACUUGACGACCCCGUCAGCAAACACGUGCCCGAGUUGGUCUGGCCAACGCCUUUUGGCAACAACCCGGGCAUCACGUGGCGCACUCUUGCCGGGCAAGUCAGCGGCUUGACUGGCGUGACGCCGUGCAACUUCUUCACCAUUUGGGAGCCCAUUCUGGGCGACGCCUGCGAUAUCAAGAACGCCGAGGCUUGGAAGCGGGUCACGGCCGAGCCGCCGACAGUGCCAAUGUGGCAGGACCCACACUACGCUGAUGGCGCCUAUGCUAUCAUUGGUCGUGCGCUCGAAUCGGUUGUCGGUAUGACGUGGGAGGACUAUCUCACCCAACACAUUUUCAAGCCUCUGGACAUGGCGAAGAGGGUAGCGCCAGGCAUGAUCGGCAACACUAGCCUUCCGUAUCUGCUCUCACAAAUGGACCUGAGAUGGGCUCGCCCAACCGGAAACGUGUACUCAACGGUGAAGGAUCUGGCCAAGCUGGCCUCUGUCUUCCUCGUGGGGCAGGACGAGCGCAAGAACGCGCUGGGGCUCUACUCGAGCACUCUGCGCGAGAUGAUGACCCCAUCCUUUGUGAACGAUGAUCAGGUUGACAUCGCCCGCUCCCCCUACGCCCCUCUUGCCUCCUCGGGCUACGCCUACCCAUUCGAGGUCCACCACAGCAGUUACCUCGGACCAGAUCUUCCAGCCUACUGGAUUCGCCUCAAGGGCGGCGUCGUGCCAGGCUACUUCAGCACCAUCGCGCUGGUGCCAGAGAUCAAGACAGCUAUGAUCCUUCAGAGCACCGGUUCCCCCUUGUCCACGGCAGUGCUGGCGGUGCUGCUUCCAGCCAUGGAGCAGACCCUGUGGGAGCUUCAGCCACUCCCAAACAACCCGGGCAAUCUCACGGCUUUUUCCGGGACCUACCUGGCUUCCCUCUAUGGCGGGUCGGGCAACAACAGAUUGAUGCAGGGCAACGUCACCGUGCAGGCUGACCUGGACAAAAACACACUGAACAUGAACUUUGCCAUCACUGGUACAUCACUGCCUCCUGUGCCUAGCGUGGACAUGGAGUUUCUGUUGGCUAAGCUCCUGCUGGUGCUGGCAGGCCUGGGGAGUGUGCAGCCCAUGGGCCACUCCACGGCUGUCUGGGAGGAGAGCAACUCGUUCCGCAUUUUGGGUCCCUCAUCCGGCGGGUGUCUGGACGUUGAAGCAGGGCGCACCAACGCCCUGGUGCACUUCAAGGUGAGUGAGCCUUCCACGUGGAAUGGCUUCUCCCGUGUGGUAUUGCGGGUCUAA